UCAACCGGAAGUUUUGCAGUGUCGACUUUUCAGUGCACAGGUACCUGCAGGAGAGAGACGCGACUUCUCUUCUUCUUGCAGACUUCAUGCAGAAACAUUGUUACCACGUCGAGUAGCCGAAGUUAGUAAAUGCUGUGAAAUCAUCCAGGAAGUUUAUCCAAGUUGAGGAUUUAUUGAUCAAGAGUGAAAGCAUCUCCCUGCAGAAGUGCCUGUGAUAUCUGCACCUCACGUGUCUCGGUCAGGUUUUUGAGUGAAAGAGGAGAUCCUGAGGAGAAGAUAAACCAUUCCAGUCGAUGGCGAGAACUAGAGAACCAGAGAACCAGAACCAGAGAUCCAGUGAAACAUCUGGAUGAACCUUACCUGUGAGAAGUGUGAUGAAGCUCUGGCCUCUCCUCUCCCUCACACAGCCUUCACCAGCUCCUCCGUUUUCUCCAAUGGAUACGCACCUGGAUAUGCCAAGCUCAACAGGAGAGGAGGUGCAGGUGGAUGGUCACCUCUGGACAGUGACCAUUACCAGUGGCUACAGGUGGACCUGGGUACCAGGAAGCAGGUGAGCGCCAUAGCAACACAGGGGCGCUACAGCAGCUCUGAUUGGACGACACGGUACCGUCUCCUGUACAGCGACACGGGACGGAACUGGAAACCGUAUCAUCAAGACGGCAACAUUUGGGCCUUCUCUGGGAACUCCAACUCGGAGAGCUCGGUUCGCCAUGAGCUGCAGCAGGGAAUCGUGGCGCGCUUCCUGCGGCUCGUCCCGCUGGACUGGAGCGAGGAAGGACGGAUUGGUCUGCGCAUAGAGGUGUACGGCUGCUCGUACUGGGCGGGCGUGAUCAACUUUGAUGGACAGGGUGUCAUCUCUUACCGCUUUAAGGUGAAAAAGAUGAAGAUUAUUAAAGACGUGAUUGCACUAAGGUUUAAGACAUCAGAGAGCGAGGGUGUGAUUCUUCAUGGGGAGGGCCAACAGGGAGACUACAUAACUCUGGAGCUCCGCAAGGCCAAGCUGCAGCUGCAGAUAAACCUCGGCAGUAAUCAGCACGGCACUAUCCUGGGUCAUACCUCUGUGACCACCGGCAGCCUGCUGGAUGACAAUCACUGGCACUCAGUGGUGCUUGAACGCUACCGUCGUAAUGUCAAUUUCACCUUGGAUGGACACACUCAGCACUUCAGAACCAACGGAGAGUUUGACCACCUGGAUUUGGACUAUGAGUUGAGUUUUGGUGGGAUGCCAUACAGCGGAAAGCCAUCGGGAGGAGGGAUGAAGAACUUCAAAGGCUGCAUGGAAAGCAUCAACUACAACGGAGACAACAUCACAGACCUGGCUCGACGGAAGAAACUGGACACAUCCAGCUUUCGUAACUUGUCCUUCUCCUGCGUGGAGACCCACACCUUCCCGGUCUUCUUCAAUGCCACCAGCUUCCUCCAGCUGCCAGGUCGAGCCAAUCACAACACGAUAUCCGUCAGCUUCCAGUUUCGAACGUGGAACCCCGACGGGCUCCUCCUCUUCAGUAAUCUGGAUGACGGCACGUUGGAGAUCUCCCUGGAGGAAAGCAAGGUGGUGGUUCAUAUCAACGUGACGAAGGGGGCCAGCAACAACCGGGUGGACUUAUCAUCAGGUUCAAGCCUAAAUGACGGCCAGUGGCACUCCAUACGUUUUGUCGCCAAGGAGAACUUUGCCAUGCUGACGAUAGACGGCGAGGAGGCGUCUGCUGGGCCCUCCACCUCACCUCUAACCAUCACAACGGGAGGAACCUAUCACAUGGGAGGUUACUUCCUCCAGACCCCCUUCCCCCCCUCCCUGCGUUCCUUCCAGGGCUGCAUGCAAGCGAUCCUGGUGGACGACCAACCAGCAGAUUUGCAUGCGGUAGAGAGAGGCACCAUGGGAGCUUUUGAGAACGUCAGCCUUGACAUGUGUGCAAUAAUAGACAGAUGUAUGCCUAAUCACUGUGAACAUGGCGGGAGGUGUAAACAGACGUGGGACAGUUUUCUCUGUACCUGUGACGGAACAGGAUACACCGGAGCCACCUGCCACACUUCCAUCUAUGAGCCAUCAUGCGAGGCCUACAAGCAUUUGGGGAGGUCCUCUGACACCUACUGGAUCGACCCUGACGGCAGCGGACCCCUUGGCCCCUUUAAAGUCAACUGCAACAUGACAGAGGACAAAGUGUGGACGACAGUGAUGAACAACCUGCCCCCGAAAACCACAGUGACCGGCUCCAGUAGAGAGAGAAGGACCGUCCUACAGGUUAACUAUAGUGCAUCAAUGGACCAGGUGACAGCCAUCACCACCAGUGCAGAAAACUGUGAGCAGCAAAUCGCCUACAGCUGUCGCAUGUCCAGACUCCUCAACACUCCAGAUGGUACCCCCUACACGUGGUGGGUUGGCCGUGGCAGCGAGAAACACUUCUACUGGGGGGGCUCGGCACCCGGCAUCCAGAAAUGUGCCUGUGGCAUCGACAGGAACUGCACCGAUCAAAAGUACGACUGCAACUGUGACGCCGACCACAAACAAUGGAGAGAAGAUUCAGGCGUCCUGAUUCAUAAAGAGCACCUGCCAGUCAGCCAGGUAGCCGUGGGUGACACAAACAGACCGGGCUCUGAGGCGAAGCUGACCGUUGGACCGCUGCGUUGCCAAGGAGACAAUAACUACUGGAACGCUGCGUCGUUCACCACCCCGUCGUCCUACCUGCACUUCCCCACCUUCCAGGGUGAGACCAGCGCUGACAUAUCCUUCUAUUUUAAGACCAGCGCACCCUACGGCGUCUUUCUGGAAAACCUGGGCAACACUGACUUCAUCCGCUUGGAGCUCAAAUCUCCAAAAGUUGUCUCUUUCUCCUUUGAUGUUGGAAAUGGACCUGUAGAGCUAACGGUCCACUCGGCCACGCCGCUAAAUGAUGACCAAUGGCAUCGCGUGAUGGCAGAGCGGAACGUCAAAGAUGCGGUUCUUCAGGUGGAUCAGUUGUACCGGUCGUCUCACCUGGCUCCGGCACAGGGACACACACGGCUAGAGCUGUUCAGCCAGCUCUACGUGGGGAAGCCGGCCUCGCUCACCUGCCAAGACAGCGCUGCAGGUGGACAGAGAGGCUUCCUGGGUUGUAUACGAGCCCUACGGAUGAACGGCAUCACUCUGAACCUGGAGGAGAGGGCUGAGGUUACACCAGGGGUCAAACCUGGUUGUCAAGGCCACUGUACAAGUUUUGGGAUGUACUGUCGGAAUGGAGGGAAGUGUGUGGAGAAAUACAACGGCUACCUGUGUGACUGCACGGACACUGCUUAUGACGGUCCGUUCUGCACGAGAGACGUCGGAGGUUUCUUCGAGGCAGGGACGCUGGUCAAGUUCAACUUCCUGCCUGAAGCAGUUGCAGGAGCCAGCAGGGACUCAAGGAUCCUGACGCACCAGCUGACGCCACAGGAAGUCAAUCUAACAAAGGAGGAGUUGGCCUUCAGUUUCAGCACAUCCAACGCUCCAGCUAUUCUGAUGUAUGUCAGCUCCAAGACUCAGGACUACCUGGCUGUGGUUUUAAGGCACAAUGGUUCUCUGCAGGUGAGGUAUAACCUGGGCGGCCUGAGGGAGCCUUUUUCUAUAGACGUGGAUCAACGAAACCUGGCCAACGGACAGCCACACAGCAUCAACAUGUCCCGGGUCAACAGAAGCAUCAUCAUACAGCUGGAUCAUUACCCUCCAGUCAGCUACACCCUCCCAGACGCCUCAGAUACCCAGUUCAACCUGGUCAAGACGCUGUUUCUGGGAAAAGUCUUUGAAACAGGACACAUAGACCCAGUCCUCAUCGAGCGCUACAACACCCCAGGCUUCAUCGGCUGUCUAUCACGGGUGCAGUUCAACGGAGUCGCACCCCUCAAGUCUGCACUGAGAACUGCCGCUCAGUCCCAGGCCACCCCCACAGACGCUCAGCCGGACAGACAACCUGCAGGCACUCUGCCCGUGUCUUUUCAGGGUAAACUGGUGGAGUCCAACUGUGGGGCAUCACCUCUCACCAUUCCACCCAUGUCUGCUGCAACAGAUCCCUGGCAUCUGGACAACACAGAUGCAGAGUUCCCCUUCAACGAGGAAAGAGUGAUACCUGAUGGAGUCAACAGAGACUCAGCCAUCAUCGGAGGUAUCAUCGCUGUGGUCAUCUUCACCAUCUUAUGCACGCUGGUGUUCCUGAUCCGCUACAUGUUCCGUCACAAAGGCACCUACCACACCAACGAGGCCAAGGGCAGCGGGGAGUCUGCCGGAGAGUCAGCAGACACAGCCAUCAUCGGCACCGACAACCCAGAAACCAUCGACGAAUCAAAGAAGGAGUGGUUCAUCUAACAGCCAAUGGCAGGACUCUGAGGGAGGACGUGAUUUGUCAGAACACCCGUUGGUUUCAUUCAGUGACCAAUCACGGGAGAGGUGAAGGAGAAGUCGUUCAAUAAAGACAAUAAUCUCCCAGAGCACGCAGAGAUGGCAUAGACAUGUACAGAAACCUUUUUGUUUGUUUGUUUGAUUUGUUUUUUUUAUAUAUAUCAGAGUAUUAGAGAGAGAAGGGGACGGUUACACAGCAGAGCACGGCUGUAACGGACUGUACAUGUACAUACUAACCGGCUUGUCCUUCUUUGUAUCGUGCUUGGGAGUUUUCAGGAGUCCUUUGAAUACUGUAUAUGACAAAUAAUUAUACUUACCGGGGUCGUGUGAUAGCACAGAUUUAUUGCCAGUCUCUGUUGCGUUUUAUUUUUUAACAAAAAUGGAAUAUCAAAAAUGAUCAAAUCAACAUGCCAAACCCCCUUUUCUUUGAUUCAUCAGGCUGAGGUUUCUCCUGCCUGUCAGCACUCACAUCAGUCAGACACAUGCCACCUGUACUGUGGUAAUAUAGACAUGAAUAUGGAUGCCAAACGUCACUAUGUAAAUACAAUAUUUGUGUUGUUUUUCCUUUUUCUUCAAAGAGUUAUUCAGAAUCCGAUACAUAAAUACUGCUGAGGAACUCAGAACUAUACUGCAAUGUUAUCUUACGUGUGUCCAUUACAUUGUAUAUGUGUGAAAUAUAGAGUUUUAUGUUGAGAUCUUUAUGACAUUCGAUUGUAUGGGAUAUUCCUUUCUGAGGACAGGCAGAGAGGGUUUUCUCAGAGCAUGAUGGGAAAUCAUGACACUCCAUGGUUUGUUUUAUCAGCACGGCAGCUUUUUCAUUUCAUACGAGUGAAACCAGGAGCCUUUACUCAUCCAGACUCGAGCAGUCGGUUUGUUUCUUUGCCAAACACUUGAGUCUUACAACUUUUUUAGAUCAGCUCGGACGUUCUGCGUUACAUGUUCGUCUCUUUUUGCAUCUCAGACAAAUAUUGAGCUGUGGGCUUGCAGUGUGUGCAUGCGGCUGUGCACACAUUUGCAGCUCUAAUGACAAGAAGUGGAUAUUGGACAAGAGGAAAUGCAGGAAACAGAGUUAAGAGGGUCACACAAUAAGAUGCAACAACUUUCAGAGUUGUACUCAUGCACUAAACUCCAUGCAUUUAAGUUUGAAGCAUCCAAGAACAAAAUGCCACUAUAAAUUUGUUAAUAUCUGGGAUAAUUGGAGAUAAUUGGCUCACUAAUGCAUUGUGCCUUCAAGGUGUAGAGCCAUAUCACCUUGUCCCAGACAACUUAACUCAAACCUGCAAAAAAAACAUGCAUGAACCCUCAUGAAGCAAAGUUUUCAGGUGUUUUUAUGUUCCCUGAUUUGACUGGUGCUCUUUUUAAUUUACUCCUGAGUUUUAGAAUCCUUCUAAUGAAUCUCAAACCCUCACAAAUAGACCGACUUCUCCUCCAGCAUAUCUGUGUAGGUUCCUAUGCGGCAAAAAGCAGCUACAACGAUGUAGAGGAAAGCUGCAAGCUGCAAGUACAAGAAGUUUACACCUACCCUUCAUGACUCACACAAACAUGCAUGAUAAAGCAUGAGUCAAGGUUGUCCUUCGAUUCAAGAGGCGACGUGAUCAGAAUGAAGAGGCUGCUGCUUUGUCAACACUGAGUUGAGCUUCUCACAGUGCCACUGUCAUCCGACAUGCAUUCAACCAUGUACAAUGUAUAUUUUCUGACUACUUUCCUGUCAUUGUUGCUUAUGUUUACCUUACCGUAGCAUUUACAGAACAACGUGUUCCAGUUUGAAACCAGCUGCCAACUUUAAUAUUGCUUUGUGAACUUGCUUUUUUAUGUUUGUUUGGUCAAGCUUCUGCCACGCCACCCUGUUACAUGAAUGAUUUUGUACAUCGUCGUCGCCUCAUGGUUGAGUGGGAACUGUACAUCGGAGAUAUUUAUCAGAGAAACUCCUGCCUUCUUCUGCGGCCUCAAAGGAGACUCUCUCUGUCCACACAUCACAUCCAUGAAGGCAAAACCAGUGACUUUCCUUUUUUUAAGAUUACUUUACCAAGACUUAACAUAUACACACCCUCAUGUGUGCUUUGAACAUGAUUAUAACGGUUUAUCAGCUCAAACAGACAGAAUCAUAACCCAUAUGUUUGCUUUCAGUUCUAUUGAGUUCAAUAAAGAGUGUUUGAUCUUU